GUUUUCAACUGAACAGAAACUGAGAACUGGGUUGGUGAAAGGUGUUGGCAGUUAGCCAUGGCAUUAAAAUGAGUGAAAUUUGACACAUGAUAGUAAUAGUCUAUACGUGAGUAUUCGUAGCGCAGUAAAGGUGGGUGCAGGACUCUCUCAUUUAAUAUAGGCCUACUAAUACAUUAAGAUUAAUAUACAUCGAAUUUCGUUACGGUAUUAUAGCUUAAGAUAACUUUUAAAUGUCAAUAUCUAUUUUACGUUUACAGAACGACUUUAAUCCGCGAUGUUUUAUUCACUCAAUGUUCAUAUGGAUCCCGUAUUCCGCGUUCAUUUUAGAAAGAAGUUAUUAGAUUUCCUGACGUACAUUUGACGCACAAAACGCACAAAAUGAAUCGGCUGUGGCAAUACUACACUGAUAGUGUCAGAUGGCACUUGUUUUACUUCAGUGAAUAUUUUAAAAAUAGGUUUAUUUUUGAAAGUCAAUUUCUGUAGAUAAAAAUCCUUUCUUUUUAUUCAGAUCCACCUGUUGUGAGCAUUACAAUGGGAGAAGACGUAGAAAAGGGAAAGAAAAUAUUUGUUAAUAAAUGCUCUCAGUGUCACACUGUUGAAGCUGGAGGCAAACACAAAGUUGGUCCAAACCUAAAUGGACUCUUUGGUCGCUUGACCGGCCAAGCACCUAGCUACCAUUACACACAGGACACCAUGGAGAAGGGUGUUGUUUGGAAAGAAGACACACUUAUGGAGUAUCUAGAGAAUCCUAAGAAGUACAUUCCAGGGACCACGAUGAUCUUUGCUGGGAUCCGGAAGAAUGAGGAAAGGGUUAAUUUAAUAACAUAUUUGAAAAAAGCCACAUCAUCCACUUAA